AUGGCAGAGAAACCGUUCCCAUGUGACGUGUGCGACAAGUGGUUUACGACUAGCAAUCAAUUGACAGUACACCGGAGGACACACACGGGAGAAAAACCGUUCCAGUGUGAUGUGUGUGAAAAGUCGUUCAGUCAAAACUGCAAUCUAAUGGCCCACCGGAGGACGCACACGGGAGAGAAACCAUUCCCGUGCGAUGUGUGUGACAAGUGGUUCAAAACUAGCAAUCAUCUGACGGUACACCGGCGGACGCACACUGGAGAGAAACCGUUCCCAUGCGAUGUAUGUGACAAGUGGUGCACGACUACGCAUCAAUUGACGGUACACCAGAGGACGCACACGGGAGAGAAACCGUUCCCAUGUGACGUGUGUGACAAGUGGUUCAAAACUAGCAAUCAUCUGACGGUACACCGGCGGACGCACACUGGAGAGAAACCGUUCCCAUGCGAUGUAUGUGACAAGUGGUGCACGACUACGCAUCAAUUGACGGUACACCAGAGGACGCACACGGGAGAGAAACCGUUCCCAUGUGACGUGUGUGAAAAGUCGUUCAGUCAAAACUGCAAUCUAAUGGCCCACCGGAGGACGCACACGGGAGAGAAACCAUUCCCGUGCGAUGUGUGUGAAAAGUCGUUCAGUCAAAAGGGUAUUUUGAUGGUACACCGGAGGACGCACACGGGAGAGAAACCGUUCCCAUGUGACGUGUGUGACAAGUGGUUCAAAACUAGCAAUCAUCUGACGGUACACCGGCGGAUGCACACUGGAGAGAAACCGUUCCCAUGCGAUGUAUGUGACAAGUGGUUCAACACUAACUCUGCGCUGACUGUACACCAGAGGACACACACGGGAGAGAAACCAUUCCCUUGCGAUGUGUGUGACAAGUGGUGCACGACUACGCAUCAAUUGACGAUACACCAGAGGACGCACACGGGAGAGAAACCGUUCCCAUGUGACGUGUGUGACAAGUGGUUCAACACUAACUCUGAGCUGACUGUACACCGGAGGACACACACGGGAGAGAAACCAUUCCCUUGCGAUGUAUGUGACAAGUGGUGCACGACUAAGCAUCAAUUGACGGUACACCAGAGGACGCACACGGGAGACAAACCGUUCCAGUGUGAUGUGUGUGAAAAGUCGUUCAGUCAAAGCAGCAAUCUAAUGGCCCACCGGAGGACGCACACGGGAGAUAAACCGUUCAGAUGUGACGUGUGUGACAAAUGGUUAAACACUAAAUAUGACCUGACUGUACAUCGGAGGAUUCACGCCCGCAAGAUCCGAGAUCUUAGAUUGAUAAAUUAA